UCUGAGGAGGAAAGACCCACCCUGUGCCAGGAAAAUGGACAGAGCUUCAGGCAGGCAUCGGAGCUGGUGGUCCAUAAGCAGCUUCAUGAUGGGGAGAAGCCCUACAAGUGCUUGGAGUGUGGGAAGAGCUUCAGCUACAGAUCCACCCUUGUGACCCACCAACGCAUCCACACCGCGGAGAGGCCCUAUGAGUGUCCUGAGUGUCAGAAGAGAUUUCAGACCCGCUCCAAUCUCCUCAGGCACCAAAGGAUUCACACCGAUGAGAGGCCCUUCCUCUGCCCUGACUGCGGGAAGGGCUUCAAGCAAAACUCCCACCUCAUCACCCACCGGCGCAUCCACACUGAUGAGAUGCCCUUCCUCUGCCCCGACUGUGGGAAGGGCUUCAAGCGCAAUUCCCACCUCGUCACCCACCAGCGCAUCCACACUGGGGAGAGGCCCUACAAGUGCUGCACGUGUCAGAAGAGGUUUCAGACCAGCUCAAAUCUCCGCCUGCACCAGCGCAUCCACACUGGGGAGAGGCCCUACAAGUGUCCCCAGUGUGGGAAGAGCUUCACCCAGAGCUCUCACUUGACCAGACACCAAUGGAGUCACUGGUAA